AUGAAAGGUAAUUGGCUUGAUAACCAUGAAGAGGUUCACAAUGCUUUUUAUGAGUAUUAUGAAGAUUUGCUUGGAUCAGAAAUGAGAAACAGAAGGAAUGUUUUAGUUUCAGUAGUUCAAUCAGGGGCUACGGUUUUAGAGCAGCAAGCUGCUUUUUUGAUAAAGAAAUACACCGAAGAAGAGGUUAAGACUGCUCUCUACUCGAUACCUGAUGAGAAGGCUCCAAGAAUGGAUGGAUAUAAUAGUGGUUUUUUUAAACAAUCAUGGAGUAUCACAGGAGAUGAACUAACUCAAGCUGUGCUUUCCUUUCUUCAUUCAAGAAAAAUACUUAAAGAGAUCAAUACCAAAAAUAUCUCCCUUAUACCCAAAUCAAAUUGCCCUAAGAAUGUUAGUGAGUAUAGACCAAUUGCUUGCUGCAAUGUGGUCUACAAGAUAGCCACCAAAAUGAUUUGUUCUAGACUAAGAGAGGUUCUCCCUUCUAUUAUAUCAUAG